AUGCCGCGGCCGCCGAGAGCUAGUCCUUCUCCUGCAUCCUCGGCAAUUAAAUUUGGGCUCCAACUUAACACAAAUUACGAGGCUGACCUCAAGUUGGAGGCCUCGCCGCCGGUUGAGCUCGGUGCCCUGCCCGCUUACAUUACACCCCCACGGAGACAACAAACCAGCAGCCGCACUAAUAUCCGCUACUCUCAUGCUCGGAUUCCUCUGCUCCCGCCCCAAACCCCUCCUCUUCCCCGUCCUCCUCGCCUCCUCCUUCCAUCGCUCCCUCCACAGGUACGCCGAGAAGCCUCCCCCUUCCUUCGCCCGUUUCCCCAGCUCCGACUCCCAGUCCCGGCGCCGACACCACUCCAGCUCCUGCCUGCUCCGCUCCUCCGAUGGCAGCACCGGCGGCUGCCCUGCCGUUGUCUCCAUCUGGCACGGCAUCUUGCCGUCGUCCGGGGGACCUCCGCCCGGAGCCGGCGGGCGAUCGUCGGGCGAUUGGUGAGGGAGGAGGGCUCGUGGAAUGUGGCUUGGGACGCACGACCGGCUAGGUGGCUCCACGGCUCCAACUCCGCGUGGCUGCUCUUCGGCGUCUGCUCCUGCUUCCUGCCCUUCGAUCUUCCCAUCGACGGGCGCGACGAUGGCGUCUCGUCCGAAAAGGAAACCGGUGGGAGCGAGGCCGCCGAGAGGGAGAGCGACAGGGCGACCACGCCGUCGUUGCUUCCUCAUGCAGCAGCAGCGGACCUCGCCCAAGCGCCACCCUACAAGGUUACCGGUGUGUCUGGAGAUGGUAGGUGUCUCUUCAGAGCUGUGGCGUACGGAGAUUGCUUAAGAAAUGGAAAAGCAGCUCCAGAUGAAGCCCUCCAGAAAGAACUUGCUGAUGAUUUAAGGGCUCGAGUAGCAAAUGAGCUCUUGAAGAGGCGUGAAGAAACCGAAUGGUUCAUUGAGGGAGAUUUUGAGUCUUAUGUGAAGAAUAUCCAGCAGCCACAUGCCUGGGGUGGAGAACCUGAACUAUUGAUGGCUUCUCAUGUUCUUCAGAAGCCGAUAUCAGUGUUCAUGAUGGACGGGAGCUCGGGGGACUUGGUAAGCAUCGCAAGCUACGGACAGGAAUACCGUAAAGGAAACAGCCCGAUAACGGUAUUGUUUCAUGGAUACGGGCAUUAUGAUGCCCUGGAAGUUUUCUAGCUGAUGAAGUUGCACCUUCGCAUCGAAUGGUUGCGAGAAACUUGCGCAUUUCAAGUCUAGGAAAUUUUGUUAGCUGAUGUCCCGUUUUAAUUCAACCUAAAAAAGAUAGGGUUUUUUGCAGUUCCGAAAGGCUUUUGAGAUGCGAAGGAACUUGCUCCUUUGCUAUGUAGAUGUCAUUUUUCUUCUGCUAGGACUCGAUAAAAUGGAAAAGAUAAACCAGCCGUUUCUCUGUAUCUUUCGAUAAAUAAAUCUUUUCGAGUUGUCUCGAUUGUCACGAACCAUUUACUUGUGAAUCAAGGGAGAUGGACAAUCUUUUUUGUACUUUUCAGAAUAUGCAAUGUUGUCAUUUUA